ACAAACUGAAAAAUAUUCUUGGAGUUAAGCUUGUGAUACUGGCAGCUCAAGAAUGGACAGAAAGCAUGGAAAAUACGUAGUAAAUGUUGAACCAUCUGGAAACCAGCCACCAAUCCCAUGUCCUAGUGACCAAGAAGCUCACAGCUCCACACGUUGGUGUCCACCUUCAGAUGACAUAACUGGGGAUGUAUCCUCCAACUUAACUGGGGUCUGGGUGAACCCAGGAAUUCUUGCACACUCGAGAUGUCCACAACCAGAAUUAUGCAACACACAGGUAAAAAGAAAUUGCUGCAAUGACUGGUCUCUGUGGAAAGUAUUCCUGGCUUGUCUGUUAGCUUGUGUGAUAACAACAGCGAUAGGAGUACUCAUAAUAUGCCUCGUAAAUAAUACGGGAAAUGGCAGCUCCUCCGUUGUUAUCCAACUCCCCACAAACAAUGGAGAGCCUGUAGUUGUUGUACCUGGAACAACUUCUACUACUUCUCAAACUACUGUGACCACCACCUCAAGUAAAAGCACAGCUGCCACCACUCCAACAGAAUCUAAAUCUACAACAACCACAGCUACCACCACCUCUUCAAGUGAAACCACAGCUGCCACUGCUUCAACAGAAUCUACAACCACCACAGCUACCACCACCACUUCAAGUGAAACCACAGCUGCCACUGCUUCAACAGAAUCUACAACCACCACAGCUACCACCACUCCAACAGAAUCUACAACCACCACAGCUACCACCACCACUUCAAGUGAAACCACAGCUGCCACCACUCCAACAGAAUCUACAACCCCCACAGCUACCACCACCACUUCAAGUGAAACCACAGCUGCCACCACUUUAGCAGAAUCUACAACCACCACGGCUAUCACCACUCCAACAGAAUCUACAACCACUAUAGCUACCACCACUUCAAGUGAAACCACAGCUGCCACCAGUUCAAGUUAA